AUGGUCGUCUUGUGUGCCGCUAUUGUUAGCAAGACGGGUCCUUUGGUGAGUCGCCAGUAUGUGCCAAUCGACAAACUGAGGUUGGAGGCCUUGCUAUCCAGAUUUAUCACCGUGGUGGCCACGAAUCCGGACAAGACCAGCAUCGAAACGGACAAUGUACGGUUCCUUUAUGUGCCAAUCGGAGGUUUGUACGCUGUGCUAAUUACGGAUCUGGUAUCCAAUAUCAUACUGGACUUCGAUACACUUAGAGUGAUGCAACACACGUUGCUAGACCUGUGCCAAAGCGACUACAGACCGGAGAACAUUCUGAAGCUCUCUUACGACCUCCUGUUCGCGUUUGACGAGCUAAUCAGUCCCGGUGGGUUUCACGAAUACGUCACGGAGGAGAAUGUCCAGGAAUUAUGCACCAUGGAAAGCGCGGCCGAGCGUCUACAAGUCAUGCUUGCCAAAGCGAAAGAGCAUGACGAGAUUGAACGAAGAAGGAAAAAAGGAAUACAACUCGACCAGGAAAGACUUCGGGCUGCCGCUGCCGCGAGGGCAGCCCAACGCGGCUAG